UUACAAAUGCCAUUGUUUUUUUUUUCUUUCUCUAAAGUCUGAACCUUUACUCUUGUCCUGCUUCUUCCUCUUCUCUCUCUCUAGUUGGUGCUAGUCUUUCUGUCUUCCAUUUCCCGUUCAAAAACCAUCUCAGAGAUCCUUUGCUUGUUCUAAAUUCCAAUCCUUUCACAUUUUUCUUGAAAAUUUUAAAGAAAAAAGAGAGCAUAGCUUUUGGCAGUGAAGAGUGAAGAGAGGGUUCAGAUCUAGAAGAGCUUAGGUUGUUUAUGGCAAUGGAGACAGGCCCUAUUGUUUCUUGGUCUCUUGGUCUCUCUUUGACUUGAAACCCAACACCUAGUUAAUGUCGCCUCCUUCUUCUUCUUGUUCUUCUUUCUUUGCUGUGGUGUGAGCUUUUUACACUGUCAACCUCUGCUUCUUCAAUUUGGGUUCUCUGGGUUUGUUGGGUACUUGAAAGCUCACAAGAAACUUGCUUUAACUUCAAUUUGAGUGAGUCACAGAGAUCUGAGCAAAAUGCUAGCUCUUGGGAGUCCCACUAUCAGCUUCAGAGCAAGCAGUGGCUGUAAUCAUUUGCUCAAAGAGCUUCAGCAAAUAUGGACUGAAAUUGGUGAGAGCGUGGCAGACCAAGAUCGAAUGUUGUUGGAGUUGGAAAGGGAAUGCUUAGAAGUUUACAGGAGGAAGGUUGAUGAAGCUGCCAAUACCAAGGCACGCCUUCAUCAGUCUGUUGCAGCAAAAGAAGCUGAGCUCGCCACUCUCAUGGCUGCUCUUGGGGAACUCAAUAUUGAUUCACCGAUACGGAAAGAGAAGAGAUCAAGUUCUUUGAAAGAGAAACUCGCAUCUGUGGCACCACUGCUAGACAAUUUAAAAAUGAAGAAAGAGGCACGAAUGAAGCAAUUUGCAGAUAUAAAGACACAAAUCGAGAAGAUCAGCGAGGAAAUUUCUGGUUACGAUAACCUCAACAGUUCUCUCAUCAGUUCAAUUACCCUUGAUGAACAAGACUUGUCAUCGAGAAAGCUUACUGAGUAUCAAGGACAUCUGCACACCCUUCAGAAGGAGAAGUCUGACCGCCUUCAGAAGGUUUUGGAAUACGUCAAUGAGGUUCAUUCCCUUUGCGGUGUGCUUGGCUUGGAUUUUGGUAAGACUGUAAGUGAAGUGGAUCCCAGCUUGCAGAGGACAAACACAGAACAGUCCACAAACAUUAGCAAUAGCACAUUGGAGGGUCUUGAGCAGACCAUUCUCAAGUUGAAAAUCGAAAGAAAAGCUCGAAUCCAGAAGCUAAAAGAUGUCGUAGCAUCACUCUUUGAACUUUGGAAUUUGAUGGACUCAUCAAAAGAAGAAAUGAAUCGAUUUUCAGGGAUUACUUACAUUCUUGGAAAUGCAGAACCAGAAAUUACACAUCCUGGCUUACUUUCAACAGAUGUUAUUGAACAGGCAUCUGCAGAAGUGGAGAGACUCACUGAAUUGAAAGCAAGUAGAAUGAAAGAGCUUGUUAUGAAAAGAAGGUCUGAAUUAGAGGAAAUUUGCAGAAUGACUCACAUUGAACCCGAUACCAACACCGCUGCUGAGAAAUCUAGUGCAUUGAUAGAUUCUGGUCUAGUUGAUCCGUCUGAACUUCUGGCGAACAUAGAAGCACAGAUAGUCAAAGUUAAAGAAGAAGCUCUAAGUCGAAAAGAAAUAACAGAUAGGAUAGACCGGUGGUUAUUUGCUUGUGAAGAGGAAAAUUGGCUGGAAGACUAUAAUCAAGAUGAUAGUCGGUACAGUGCUGGGAGAGGGGUUCACAUUAACCUUAAACGUGCUGAACGUGCUCGAGUGACUGUAAACAAAAUUCCAGCAAUGGUUGACAAUUUGAUAAACAAAACGCUGGCCUGGGAGGACGAGAGAAAGACAUUAUUUCUUUAUGAUGGGGUACGCUUAGUGUCAAUACUAGAGGAUUACAAAGUGAGCAGGCGGCAGAAGGAAGAGGAGAAGAAGCGAUCCAGGGACCAAAAGAAGAUCCAAGAUCUUCUCCUCACAGAGAAAGAGGCCAUGUAUGGGUCUAGACCUAGUCCUAGAAAAAGUAAUAGCUUCAGAAAACCAAAUGGAUAUCGUGCAAAUGGAAAUGGAUCCAUGACUCCUAACCCUCGUCGGAACUCAGUUGGCGGCGGAACUCCAGAGCUCUUAACACCAAGAUCUUACUCAGGGCGCCAAAAUGGAUAUUUCAAGGAACCAAGGCGAUUGUCUACUGCACCACUGAACUUUGUGGCCAUAUCGAAAGAAGAUACAAUGUCAUAUGCUACAUCUGUCUGUGGUUCAGUGUUAGGCUCCCCCCCUCGUGAUUAAUGCUAAAUAUUGGAAAUGGGUCAGGCAGCUGCUUACAAGUUAGAUGAAAGCUCACCGAAUUAAAGCAGUGGAAACCUUGUGAAUAUGGAAGGGGAUUGUACACACUAGUCUAUGAUUGUAAUUUGUUAGGAUUACAUGGAAGUGGUAGUAGUUUAACUUUUGAGAACAAAGUUGUGCUUUGAUGGGGUAUAAGAGAGGUGACUCUGCUAGGUAAAGUUUUGGCAUUUCACUUGUUAACUUGGGAAGUAUUGCAUGUCAAUAGUGAGUAGCUUUAUAUUAAAAGAGAAAGGGUUAUGGUAGUGCUGACCUUGUCCUUUGUUGGAUUUGCUUGUUUUCACCAUUUCAUCUUUGUGUGUAUAUAUGAGUUCCAUGAUAUCUCC